AAACCCGGAAGUAGUUGAGCUUCUUAGCCAUUCACGGCCAUUCAUUUGUUGCUGCUACCGCGUAUGGAGCUUCUCGUACACUGACAGGAUCCUCCAGUAGAACCCUGAUAUCCCCCCAUCCCCUUUCAACAUGGCCACAGACUCAAUGGAGAUUGAUGAUUCGCUGUACAGUCGACAGCGGUAUGUUCUUGGAGACAGAGCCAUGCGACAGAUGGCUCAGUCUUCAGUGUUUCUAAGUGGACUCGGUGGUGUAGGAGUGGAGAUAGCAAAGAACAUAGUCCUGGCUGGAAUUAAGGCUGUAACACUUCAUGAUACAAAAGUGUGCGAGACGUGGGAUCUGGGCACCAAUUUCUUUGUUCGAGAGGAAGAUGUUCACAAUCAGAGAAGCAGAGUGGAGGCGGUGUAUCCUCGUGUCGCUGAGCUGAACCCGUAUGUGCAGGUGGGCGUGUCUGCCUGUCCACUGGAGGACAGCACUGACCUGAGCUUCCUCAAGGGCUACCAGUGUGUGGUGUUGACAGAUGCUCGGUUGAACCUACAAAAGAGAGUGAAUGAAUUCUGCCACUCCCAACAGCCGGCAAUCACAUUUAUUAGCUGUGAGGUGCUGGGGGUGUGUGCACGUGUCUUCUGUGACUUUGGGGAGGAGUUUGAGGUCUCCGAUGCCACAGGGGAGGAGGCAAAGGAGCUGUUCAUACAGAAUAUAACUCAGGCUAACCCAGGGGUCGUGACCUGCAUGGAUGGACGAAGUCAUGGGCUGCAGACGGGGCAGACUCUUGUGUUUAGAGAAAUCAACGGCAUGCAUGCUCUCAACAACACACACCAGAAAGUCACAGCACUGUCCCCACACAGUUUUUCAAUUGGAGAUACAUCCACCCUUCUCCCCUACACUCACGGAGGAAUCUGCCGCCUAGUCAAAACACCUCAGACCUUCCACUUUGAGACGAUGGAGAGGCAGUUGUGUGACCCUCUGGUGUUGACUGCAGACUUCAGUAAACCAGACGCUCCUCUCCAGACCCAUGUGGCCAUGUUGGCUCUUGAUGCCUUCCAGGAGCAGCACAGACGUCUGCCUAACAUUGGGUGUUUUCAGGAUGCUGAGGUUUUACUCAGGCUCACAGAGGAGGUCAACGAGACACUCACCAACAGGGUGUGUGUGAACCAGGACCUGGUGCGGUGUCUGUCUCGGUGUGCUCAGGGAUGUCUGCCUCCUCUGGCAGCAGCAGUGGGGGGCUUUGCCAGUCAGGAGGUUCUGAAGGCCCUCACGGGGAAGUUCACCCCACUCCAGCAAUGGUUCUACCUUGAUGCCAUCGAAGUGGUGCGGCCACUGCAGUCUCUACCGGUCGAGGAGUUUAUGCCCAGGGGCGACCGGUAUGACGCUCUGAGGACGUGUGUGGGAGAAUCUCUCUGUCAGGAGCUGCACAAGCUCAGGCUCUUCAUGGUGGGCUGCGGGGCCAUUGGCUGUGAGAUGUUGAAGAACUUGGCGCUGCUUGGGGUCGGCCUAGCCGAAUGUUCAGGGGAGGUGUGUAUAACAGAUCCUGACCUGAUAGAAAAGUCCAACCUCAACAGACAGUUCCUCUUCCGGCCGCACCACAUCCAGAAACCCAAGAGCACCACGGCUGCCAUGGCAACCCUUGACAUCAACCCCGGCCUGAGUGUGGAUGCUCACCUGAACAAGGUGUACCCGGCCACAGAAGAUAUCUACAGCGACACCUUCUUCUCCAACCUGCACACGGUCAUCACCGCUCUGGAUAAUGUGGAGGCCCGUCGAUACGUGGACAGUCGCUGCGUGUCCAAUCAGAAAGCUAUGCUGGACUCCGGUACCAUGGGAACGAAAGGGCACACAGAGAUCGUUGUUCCAAACCUGACUGAAUCCUACAACAGCCAUAGGGACCCACCUGAAGAGGAGAUUCCAUUUUGCACAUUAAAGUCUUUUCCUGCUGUCAUAGAACACACUAUUCAAUGGGCCAGAGACAAGUUUGAGAGCUCCUUCACCCACAAGCCCUCCAUGUUCACCAUGUUCUGGCAGAACUACUCUUCAGCAGAGGAUGUGCUCCAGCGGAUGAAGUCAGGGGAGAGUCUGGAGGGCGCAUUUCAGGUGGUGAAGCUCUUGAGCCGACGGCCGAUACGCUGGGACCAUUGUGUGUCGCUAGCACGCCAUAAAUUCGACAAGUACUUCAAGAGAAAGGCUUUGCAGCUUCUUCACUCCUUUCCCUUAGACACACGAUUGAAAGAUGGAUCUCUGUUCUGGCAGUCUCCCAAACGUCCUCCCUGUCCUAUAGAGUUUGAUGCCAGUGAUCCACUGCAUGUUAGUUUUAUAGUGAGCACGGCUAGACUUUAUGCUGGAAUCUACAACAUCCACUAUUCACAAAAGGAUGUUUCACCAGAUGCAGUAUCUGCAGUUCUGGCUGAAGUGCAGGUUCCGGAGUAUAAACCAGCAGAUAAGAGCAUAGAAACAGAUGAGAGUGCUAAGAAGCCUGAACAACUGAAAUUGACUGUCAGUAGUGAAGAGGAGAGAGAGGCCAUAACACAACUAGAGGAGGUCAUAAACGCCCAUACUUUAACUCCAGAGUAUUUACGAAUGAGGCCACUGAUCUUUGAGAAAGACGAUGACUCUAACGGGCACGUGGACUUUGUGACCGCCGCCUCAGCGCUCAGGGCUCAGAUGUACGCCAUCAAACCCGCCGACCGCUUCACCACCAAACGCAUCGCCGGCAAAAUCAUCCCAGCCAUUGCUACAACGACCGCAGCCGUAGCGGGCCUGGUGGCUCUGGAACUUAUAAAGGUUGCAGGAGGUUAUGAGUUUGACGCGUUCAAAAACUGUUUCUUUAACCUGGCCAUUCCAGUCAUGGUGAUGACAGAGAUGGCACCCGUCAAGAAAACAUACAUCAGAGAGCAUAUCUCAUUUUCCAUCUGGGAUCGCUGGAACAUUCAUGGUCAUGAGGACUUCACCCUUAAUGACUUCAUCAGUGCAGUCCGGGAGAAGUAUGGAGUGGAGCCUACAAUGGUUGUGCAUGGAGUAAAGAUGCUGUAUGUUCCAGUGAUGCCUGGCCAUAACAAGAGACUGAAAUUCACGAUGCUAAAACUGGUGAAGCCUGCAGCUGAGCGGCGCUACGUGGACCUGACCAUGUCCUUCGCUCCCGAGACCGAUGGUGACGAGGAUCUGCCUGGCCCUCCCGUGCGCUAUCACUUUAGCCCCGCCCCCUGACCUCUGACCCCCCCCCUAGCCCGCAGCCUGAGGACCACUAGCAGAGAUGCGCUCAACCUCCCAUCACCGACCACUAACUGUAUAUAGUUCCUCCUUUUUUUGUACGGUUUAUUAUCAUUUGGCGCGGAGAGCCUGGACUGAUGCCUUACCUUUGUGCUUUAACUGCUCAGAAGAGUGGCUGCUGAUUCACUUGUUUGUGAUAAUCAGAAGAUCAAAGUGAACACGCUGUUAACACACCAGUGCCUCCAGGCAGGGGUGCUGGUGGGAGGUGGGGGGUGGGGGCGUGCAGUGAUUUGCUACAGGAAGGAAGGA